AAAUGAAAAUUUGAACAUUAUAUCAAAGUAUAUUGCGUUACACAGUUGAAAAGAGUAAAAGAAUUGAAAUCUUUUAUGAAAUUUAUCUUCUCAAAAUUCGCAGCACUCUCCUCAUCUCUACCACAAAGUGUUUAAAGUGAAGUUAAUGUUGAUUGGAGGACAUUUCGAUUUUUAUCGAUUUUCCUCCCCUUUUGACUAAUUGUUGCAAAAUUCAGGGUUAGAAGAAAAAAAAACGGUUCGUGUGUGCCAUUCUAUGUACAACAUUCUUUGAAGACGCCUCACACACCUGUGCAGUUCGGCAAUUUUACAUUAAAUUUACAAUAAACUUCAAGUUAAAUAAUGAAGUAUCUCUUUUAAUUAUUCGAGUCAUAACGAUUUAUAUAAGUUUAAACAAAAAUAGAGUGAAAAUGGAAGGGUCACAAAGAAAGCCACCUAAACGUACGGCAGAGCCGGUAGAUGACUGGCUUGAAAGCCAAGGAUUUUUUCGAAAACAUGCACCAAAAGACCCAACGUGUUUGUUCAGGGCAAUUAGUGAACAAAUUUACUUAACGCAACAUUUUCACAUUCGAGUGAGACUCGAGUGCGUGAAUUUUAUGAAAGAACAAAGAGAUUUAUUUAAAAAGAAAAUAACAGUUCCCUUCGACAGUUACAUUGAUCAAAUGGCUUGUUUCACCGAAUGGGGUGGAAUGUAUGAAAUUGAAGCAAUGUCAGAGCUUUAUCAAAGGGAAAUUAUUAUUUUCGACGGUCAUACAAUGACGAAAAAAAUCGUCAACAAUUAUGGUUAUAAGAACCAUAUUUUUCUCUGUUAUACUGCACAAAAGCAGUAUGAAACCGUUUAUACGAAAGAGUAUAUCAAAACGGCUGGUUUUUGUCAGUCACUGGUUUAUAAAACCUUGUACAAAGAAGUCUUCCAGAUGCCAAAUGUUGACGAAACUGUUCAUAAAAUGUUACACGAUAGACCUUUUCCAUUAAAAUAUGAUAAAUUCUCUCCAAAGGGAAUUGCAGAGCAUAGAGAAAAUUCAACGGUCGUAAUGCUCAAUAAAGUAAAUGAGAGCUGUACGGAAACUGAAGACAUUUUUGGUCUUAAAGGCGGUCUCACUCCGUUUCCCUAUCGAGUGGCCAAAGCUCUUGAUGAAGACAUUUUCCGAAACACAGACUUCGACAUCUGGCACGAAAUUCGUCGCGAAGUGCGAAAUUCGGGAUUUUCAAAGUACAACGGUACUGAAUUUCAAGUCGGAGGCAAAUGUUUGGUCGAAUUGAAUGCAAAAGUUGAUGAUGUUGCAAAUAACAAUGAUUUAAAUACCACGGACAAAAAAAUGCAAAUAAAUUGUGACGAAGCGUGUGGUAAUAUGGAAAAAUUAUUGACUGGUCAUAUUCAAGAAAUGAGUAAAAAUGAGGGACCAGUUGUUGUUUUUAUUCUUGAAUUAGGAGAAAAACGAACUGUCCCAUUUACGGCGUUAAAACCAUUUAACAUGAAAAGAACUAAAGCAAAUAUAUUUACAAUUCCAAAGAAAAAUCCAGCCGUUGACCCAAGUGCUUUAAAAAUUAAGAAACAAUUUGGUUCAACCAGAAGGAGUAAAGAAAUUUCAACGUUUGAGCGAAAUUCCAAUAAGGGAUCUUGCAACAAAAGGAACGUUGAAACUGCUGCAAUGAAGUGGACUGAAGAUUCGAGUGAGAAUAAAGCUGCGUUUGUAAAGACUUGUGUGGAGAAUUACAAUCCACCUGCUGAAGAUUUUACUGCUGAUCUUGACGGUUCCGGCGAUAGGGAGAAAAACGUCACAAUUCCAUCGGCUGCAAAUGAGGAGAAUAUGAAGAAAUUGUGUUUAUCAAAUCCUGUACUUCAAAAUGGAUCAGAAAAUAAUUAUCAAUUUCAGCCUGCACAGCAAAAUGUGACGUAUUUCAUUCCUCCUGCAGAGAACAACAACUUUCAACAAGUUGCCCCGCCGUGUGUAAAUGACGUGCUUCCGAAUGUUGAUUUUCUUUUGGAUCAAUUGGAUCAUCCGAUUAACAUGUCAGCGGUGAAGAGUAUUGACGUUAAUGGCAGCGAUCUGCCACUAAGUGAUCUUCAAACUUUAAGAUUCUUUUACAAUCUUGGAAUUCAGUAUAACAAUGCGGCGAAUUACCUGUGCAAUGUUAAUCAUCCGCCACCUAUUAAUGGCCAGUUUAAUCAUUAUCCUGUGGAAAAUUCUGCUGAACAGAAGCCGAACAAUAUUCCAGGAUCUCAAGAGGACGUUAAUCAAGUGACGCAAAUACAGCCAAAAUAUGGUUAUCGAGGUAAAAAAGAGAAUGGAGAAAAUGGAUAUAAAGGGACAUUGAAUCAUAAUUAUAAAACGUUGAAAAAUUCAAACGUACGAUAUAAUGGAUCGCAGGAACAAAUUGUGACGAAUAAUUCCCAGAGGAAUCCAAAAGAGUGCAAUAAAAAUGUUCAAUAUUGUAAUAACGAGAGAAGUCGCGAACAUGUCAAUGAAUCAAAGGAAGGACCACGAACUCCUAGAAAUGGUGUUCCACCACGUUUCAAAAAAUGUAUUGACGGUCGAAAUCGUAACUUUGUUCAACCAUCGAGACGCAAUCAACAACAGCAACAACAACGAGAAGGUGAGUUUCAUCAAGGUAAUAAUCGAUUUCCAAAUUCAAAAAUCGAGGGACAAGGAAAGCAGUUUGAGAGGAAUAGUGGUUCGCCUGGAAAUCGACAAAAUCAAUUUCCACAUCAAGUGCAAAUGCCAGUUAAUAGUCCUCCAUAUCAGUAUCCGCCGCAUCAACCUUCAGUUUAUUCACAGCCAAUGUGUAACGAGGCCGAGACAUAUUGUCCACAAAAUUCGGGACUUAUUCCAAUUCCCUAUCAAGUACAUCAAGUCGAUACUGGCGAUAAUAAUGCAAAUUCAUUUCCGCCGGUUAUUUACACUGGCGUUGAUAAUUAUCAACAAACGUAUGUUCCAUAUUAUCCGCCAUACGCUUAUCCACCUCAAACUGUUUAUCCUGGAAUGGGACCGGGUAAUUCACAGGAAAAUUGGUAUCAAUACCCUGGUCAUUCACAUUACAUUCCACCGUGCGUGCAAUUUAAUCCACCACCACCACCACAACAACAGCAACUGCAACCAGGCUCAUCGGCAAAUGGCGCUAUGUAAAAUUCAAAAUUUACAUAAAAAAGAACAACACACAACAAAAAGAUAUAUCCUGAGGAUAGUUAAAUUAUGUUACUAAACGAUUAUUAGUUUUUUUUCUCUUUUUUGAUACUGUUAACGUAUAAAGAACAUUUUUGAUAUUAAAUAUUUUUCAUAUAUUUUAUAAUAAUAUUUUUCAAAUAGAGUAAUUUCUAUUUAUAAAUGACGAAUUUUGGAUUAAUAUUAAAAAAAACAGUUACUGUUACUUUUACAGGUUAACAUUUUUCGUCUAUAAAAUAAAUUUUCUAUAUAAAACAA